UAAACCCUGAAAUACACUUGAUGAGACUUAUUUGACGUGUAUGUCAUUAAAUCUUUUUUGUUGCAAAAAAAUGCAAAAAUAUUAAUUAUUUUCACUUUGAAAAUUGUGUUCUCAUUUCUUUGAUCAGACAAACGUUAAUCCUUUUUUUCCUAUUAUUCGGUCAAUAUUUUUCAAUUUUACUGGUUUAAUGUUACGACACUGAUUCUAUUUUCAUAUAUUGAAAUGAACACUCUUCAUGACUCGUGGAAACAAGACAAUAUAAAAGUGAAGACAUUAAAUGGAGAGGCAGCUUCAUUUAUUACUCCGAGAACACGUGUGAAUAGGAGUUCUUCACGGGAAAGUGCAAAAUCAAAGUUUUCAGAUAUAGAAAGCGCCGAGGAAGUUAUAGAAGAGCGAUUGAUUAAUCAUUAUGUAUCAUACCCAUCUCCAGUUCAUGGAUCAGAUGUCGAUGAAACUAAAGUCGAUCUAAAAAUCAAAAAUCACGCGUUUGAUUUAAGCCUCAAAUUGGAAGCAGCUUCGGCAUUCAAUAAAAUUUCCACACUUUCCGUUCACAGUGGUCAGGAUUAUGCAUUAUGCAUUCCUUCUUUCAGUAAGACUAUGUCUACUAAUCUUCAUUUAUCGCCAAAAAUUCGAAGAUCAACUUCAUCGUGUUUGAGAUCAUCAAAAAAGGAAUCUUUAAACAAGAAUCUUGAAAAGUACAAACCUGACAUCAAUACAGAACGAAAUAAUCCAACUUCGGGAGAAAGCUUAUCAAACAGAAAAUCGAAGAAACGAUCAUGGGAUAACCAUUUGCACAGUUCGAGGUGACAACCGAAAAACAACAAAAAUUUUCGAUUUGUAAAGUUAACUUCAUCAGAUCAAUGCGUUGUUUUCUUUUUUCAGUUUUGAAUUAUUCGACUUUUUGAUAUACAGAAUAAAUAUAUGUAUAUCUUGAGAUAAAAAA